AUGCUCGCCUCAGCUGCAAGUAGGUCCUUCUCGAGGAGGGCAAUGGUGAGUUCAGUAGGGGAGCGAGCUAGAAAGGAGUCCCUGACUAUUGCGGCGGCUGCUGCUGCCGUAGAUGCGGCGGCGGCCGCUGCUGUAGAUGCAGCGGCGGCUGCUGCAGAAGGCGCGGCGGCUGCUGCUGCUGGAGAUGCAGCGGCGGCUGCUGCUGCUGUAGAUGCAGUGGCGGCUGCUGCAGAAGAUGCGGCGGCUGCUGCUGCUGUAGCUGCAGCGGCGGCUGUUGCAGUAGAUGUGGCGGCUGCAGCUGCUGUAGAUGCAGCGGCGGCCGCGGCAGGAGAGGCGGCGGCGGCUGCUGCAGCAGUUGCGACGGCCGCGACUGCAGUCUCUGCCGCGGCUGUUGCUGAAGGCCCGACCGCGGCGACGAAGGCGCGGGGGGGCUAA